AUGGCCCCCGACACACCAUCCGAAGUCCACAACAGGGUGUACACUCGUGGUAUCCAGCCCCUUGUCCUCGACGCACGGGCCUUGACGGAAGAGCUGGUCGGCGAGCUUCUGGCGACCAUUCUCACUCCUGCCGAUCUCACCAUCCACCCGACGACCUUUGGUCCCAACGAUGAUGACCCAAUGUAUCCCAUUCUCGCCACAGCGAAAGAAUACCGUAGCACCGACUAUCCCAACGAGACGCUCCAGGUUUCCGCCGGCAAGGAUGCCCUACGAGCCGCGUACGAAAGUCUGAAACGCCACCAAGGCAGGAACAUUGUUCAAAGGCUGAAGGAGAUUGACACGCAUCCCCUGCCCCCUUAUCUGCGCCCACUGUCUCCCAUCCUCACCGCCAAGGCCAUCGCUGAGGGACUGGCCAUCGCAGACGCUACCGACGUUCCCCGCACUACCGCACAGCUGUUUCUCCCUUCCUCGAAGCACUACUGCACGAGCUACUUGAGCAUCGAGCCCCUGGAGGAGCCACAGAUAUCCUCAAUAAUGGUUUUGGACUUGCAGUGGCGUCUCGAACCGCCGAUGGCGCAGAGGAUCAAGACCAUGAUGAUUCCCGCUUUGCCAGUGAAAAAGGGCUUGGAGAGUAUUUGGACGCGUUGGGACAGUCUGGAUGUCAGAGACUUGCUACCUCUCCACAUGUCGCCUCCCCUUCCCGCCGUCGAGAUUUCACGUCCACCAGUGUGGCACUACGACAGCGCGGCCGAGUUCAUCAGUGUAGCGUCCCGCGCCGGCUCUCCCCUCCACCGUCCCCCAAGCGUCACCCCACAGGCAUUCCUGAAACUUGCAGCUACCGAUGAGGUCGGGGAUUUGGACCCGUAUGCCUCGGAUCUCUUGGACGAGUAUGGUGAGCAUCCACUGGCCGACUACCACUCCGUUAUGGACCCCAUCGACGUUCCAUCCUCUUCUCAUGGCACUUUUGAAGAGCCUAACGUAGCGGAUCCAAACUCGUUCGUCAAGAGUCUUACGUCCAGCCGCCCCAAGCCUCAGUGGCAAGGCGACCCUGCGCAGCUUGACGAGUACGCCAUGGUGGAUGGCUUCGACCCGGAACCCUCUGGAGACAUCAACUACGAGGAGGACAUGGCCAAUUACACCGGCUAUGACCAGUAUGCUAGCCAACUGGAAGCCGACCCGAGGCUUAAACUACCUGACGAGCCUUCCCCCCAUCCUUCCUCCUACAUCGCCACAAACGCCGCCACUGCCCACUCAACCACGACCGGCUCGGGAAGGUGCUCUGGCAGUUGCAGGUCUGGAAUGGGGUCAUACUCGCAUCUCCUCGAUACACCUGGCGGACAUGGAUACCAUUCGGCACCGAACAUGGAACCCCAGGGCGAUCCUGGCGAAUCGUCUUCCAAAUGGGUCUCGUCAGGACAGACCGAUUCCAACGUGUCUCCUGGGCGUACCUCGGCAGAGAUUACCCAAAGAACAGCACAACCUCGACCCAAAUGCCCACCCCUCCCACAUCACGAGUAG